UUCAUUUUUUUAAUAUCAAAUAAUCUCUUUUUCCUCACUGUGCAAGAUCGCCGGGAUGUACCGCCAUUCUUAUUAUAUUCUGUAAUUAUUGCUUCUUCUCCAUCACAGAGUUCCUCCAGAUUGCUCCGGCGAAAAACCCAUCUCCAAGAUAUGAAGAUUCAGUGCGAUGUCUGUGAAAAAGGCGAUGCCUCGGUGUUCUGUACGGCGGACGAGGCGGUGCUCUGUAAUCUCUGCGACCACCGCGUCCACCAUGCCAAUAAGCUCGCUUCGAAGCACCGGCGAUUUUCCCUCCUCCGCCCAUCCGCGGCGGAGGCCCCCGUCUGUGACGUCUGCCGGGAGCGGCGAGGUUUCUUGUUCUGUCAGCAGGACAGAGCGAUUCUGUGCAGAGAGUGCGAUGAUCCGAUUCAUUCGGCCAACGAACUCACUAAGAAGCACGACAGGUUUCUUCUGACUGGUGUUAAGCUCUCCACCACUGCCGCUCUGUACACGCCGCCGCCCUCGGGCGAGAAGCCGAUCGGAAGUGGUGGCCGUGGUGUUUCUGAUCCCAAGUCAAAGCGUUCCGUUAAGAACCCACCAGCCGUUUCCCCUGCCCCAAUAACAUGCCCACCAAGUGUUCGCGUAAAUGCCCCACAGAACAUUCCCCCGGCGGCAGCGGUGAACAAGGGCGGCGGAGGUCUGAUUCCGACCGGCGGCGGUGGCUUGGCGAGUAGCAUAUCGGAAUAUUUGAUGGAGACACUCCCCGGGUGGCACUUCGAAGACUUCCUCGAUUCCUCUGUUCCUCCCCCCUUUGUGGAGUUGCAGUGUGGAGGAGUGGGAUUGCCAUUUGUGGAAGGUGAAAUUGACGGUUGUUUUUCAUCAUCGGAAAGUUUGGAGCUUUGGGUCCCUCAGGGGCCACCACCGGCGCUGUAUGGUUCAGGAUUAAUGACGAUGAAUAAUAGUAAUACCAAUAAUGGGUUGAAGGAGACAAAGGAAUUAGGCAUAAAUUCAUCAAAAGUAGUCAAUAGAUCUGUGUGGACAGAUGAUGGUUUCACUGUGCCACAGAUCACAAGUACUGCUACCCCAUCUGCAGGCUUUAAGAGAUCCAGACCUUUUUGGUAAAACUUCCAAUUCCAAAUCCUUAAUCCCCAAAGAAAGUAAAACCCUCGUUUUCUUUUGCCCUUUUCCUUCUCUCUUCUUCUGGGUUUCUGUUACUUUUUGUUCAAGUUUCCACCUGUAAAGCCUAAUGGGUUCUUCUUCUGGGUGGUUUCUUGUACUUCUUUUGUCCAAUUUCACGUGUAGUUUAAUGGGUUCUUCUUACCUUUUGUCCCAACUGUAAUCUUAAUUGUGUAAUUCUGUAAAACAACACUUUUUGUCACUGUAAAUACCACCAAAGGAGGAGGAAGGGGAAAUGGGGGUUGGGUUUAAGAUUUGAAAUGAAGCUUUUGUUUUGACUUCAAGGAGGGGUAACUGCAUCUCCAAGGUGUGUUUGUGUGGUGAUGGAUCAGAAAAGUUGCAGAGGCAAAGGCAGAUGGCAACAAUGGCGGUCUUUUUGUUCUGAUCUUCUCUUCGAGUGAGUGCAACUUUGUCUCUCUCAGCUAAUUUUGCUUCUAGUUUAGCUUGCGCCUCCUUUUUUUUUUGGCUACUGAAUCAAAUGUCAUGCUAGUUUAAAUGUAAUAAAGAGUUCUUUAAUUUAGGAUGAAUAUAUGUUUAAGUCUUUGUUGUUGUUGGA